UUAAUUUAUACUUAUUAGAUUCUAUAUUUCUACUUAUUCAUUUUACUAUUGUACUAAAAAGCUCAAGGCAGAUUUCAAAUUGUGUUAUUUGCUGGAUAAUAUGUUUGCUAGCAUCAGGCUACCAGUCCUUUAUUCCUUCUUAAUACAAUGAUAAUGAUGCAAAUAUGUUUAAAGUAAUAUUUGGAUUAUUUUCAACUAUUUUAGAUUUUAGAAAAAGGUUUGAAUCUAGAAAUGUACUGCCUGUCAGCAUUGUCUAUGGCUCCAUGCUCACUCUGGUUCCAAAUCCUGGGCGGUAACCGUGCAGUCACUGUUGGUCACUCAUAAUCCCCAUUAAUACCUGGAUUUAUAGAAGUUAUAGUAACACCAUGUUUUGAUGACUCUGCAUGUUGUUUCGGAUUCAUAAUAUCCAAAGUUGGGGAAUAAGCAUUACAGUAGAACAGAGUCCACUGGGAAACAGGUGGUUACCGCCCAGUUACCAGCAUAACAGGGUGUUGGAGUAUGUGUGUAACAGGCCCAUGUGGCUAGGCCCAUGAGGCCCAUGUAUCCCUAAUUAUAUGGCACCCUGGUUAGGGUUAGCCCAACUAAUGAGAAACCCUAAUUCUAACAUGGUAUCAGCCUAGGUUUUCCUCCCAGCCGCCUGCAGGCAACCAGCCGCCGCCGCCGGCCGGCCGCCGCCGCCAUGGCAGGCCGGGCACCUCCUCCUCUUCCCUACCUCCAGCAGUUUCCGGCGCUCCCCUACCCGUCCUGGGCCCGAGCCGCCGCGGGUGGCCAGCCUCGCCCUCCCCUGCAGCAGCCAGCGGGCGCGGACGUCGCGGCGCGCGGGGAGGCCGCGAUGCACGCGGACGCGCAGCCAGCGGACGCGGCCCGCCCUUCCCUCCUCCUGGCGGCCGUCGCGGGCGCCGAACCAGACGCCGCCGCCGCCGCCGCGGGUGGCCAACCCCGCCCUCCCCUGCAGCAGCCAGCGGGCGCGGACGCCGCGGCGCGCGGGGAGGCCGCGAUGGCGGCUGCGCGCGCGGCAGCAGCGCGCGGGGCGCACCAGGACCGCGCCCCUGUGGACGGAACGCGUGCAGACGCCGCCGAGGACGCCGCGGCCGCCUCUAAGCUCCAGCUGGGCACCAACGACGACGCCGCCGCAGCAGCCUACGCCCGGGGAGCGGCUGCCGCCAUUGCUGCAGGCCUUGGCAUGCCCUUGGACAUGACCGAUCUGCCCAGGACGCUGCUCACAGCCGGAGGCGCCCUGUCCAGGGGGCUUGCUGCCGGCCCGCGUGCAGCUGUGGGCGCAGCCCCCUUCCCUGCACCGCCUCCGCCGCCUGUGAUGCAUCGUCCGGACUCCACACUCAUCGCUGCUCUCGUCACUGCUCGGGCUGCGGCUGCGGAGGGCCGGGCCCGCGUGCGUGAGGCCGCUCUCGCUUGGGAACGCGAGCGCGACGCGGCCGACGCCUUGGCCCGCCAGAUCGCCGACGCCGAGCAGUUCCUCGGCCUUCCAGCCUCGCCUGACGUCGGGACCACGUCCUCGGGAUCGACUUCGGUCGUCUGGCACGAUCCGGCCGACCCCCACGUAGUGCAGCUCCACUACCUGGCAGGGGGCGUCCAAAACAUCCGCCUCCUCGUCCCGGUCGUCCUCGAGCCCGAGUCGCCCUCCUACGCUCGCUGGAGGGACUUGGUCCUCCUCACCCUCCGCCGCUACGCCCUCGAUGACCACGUCCUCCUCGACACCGCGGGGGCGGUCCCGACCCCCUCGUGGCUUCGCCUCGACAGCGUCGUCCUGUCCUGGAUUCUGGGGACGAUCUCCCUGGACCUCCACGACCUCGUCCGCAACACCCCGAGCGCUCGCGGGGCCUGGCUAGCACUCGAGGGCCAGUUCCUGGGCAACGCCGAAGCCCGGGCUCUGCGGCUCGACGCGAGCUUCCGCACCUUCGUCCAGGGCGACCUCUCCGUCAGCGAGUACUGCCGCCAGAUGAAGGGUAUGGCGGACUCCCUCGGCGACCUCGGCUGGCCCGUGGAGGACCGCAUCUUGGUCCUCAACGUUCUCCGCGGGCUCAGUGACCGCUACUCCUACCUCCGGACGUGGAUCACCAGGCAGCGGCCCUUCCCCACCUUCCUGCAGGUCCGUGACGACCUUGUCAUGGAGGAGCUUACUCAGGGCCUACAGCCUGGGUCCACCUCCGCUUCGGGGUCCUCGUCGUCCUCCUCGACUGCUCUCGCUGCCACUCCUCCACCUCGUCCCGCCGCCCCACCACAGUCGUCACUUCUGGGUCCUCUUCCCCCCGGGCCGAGCGGGGGUGGGGGGGGGGCCGUGGCGGUCGCCGUCGUCGUGGUGGGGGACGUGGAGCAGGUCGUGGGGGCAACACGACGCCGCUGCCACCUCCACGAGGUGCACCCUGGCCAUCCUACCACCACCCAUGGUCAGGGCGCAUCUCCAUGUGGCCGUUCCAGGCUUCCGGUGGCGAGCCUCGCCCGCCGGCAGCCAUGCUCGCGGGUGCUCCCCCGGGGUUCCCCUCAGUGACCCCGUGGGCGGCCCCGUUCCCCGCGUCCUCGUGGGCUACUCCACCGACGCCCUUGCCCGGGUCCGCCGGCUGGGACCAGGCGGCCUUGGCGCACUCCUUCAGCACCAUGGCCCUGACACCUCCUGUCGGGCCGGAGUGGGUCGCCGACUCUGGGGCUACUUACCACACCACUCCUAACCCCGGAUUUGGCUUCCCGGCGUCCUCUGCUCCGAUGUGACAGCACGGGGCCCCUUUACACUCUUCGCUUUCCGGCUUCUGCCUCGCCUCCUUCGCCGGUUUUGUCAGCUGCCUUCACCACCACUACCUCCACUACUUGGCAC